CGUGUGAUAACAAAAAGGGCAGAGUACAGCGCAAUAGGAGGAAAAUUUCAAUGAAAAUAAACAGACAACUCUUAAAUAAACAAAAUGUUGGCAAAAAAUAUAUAUGUGCCGCGUGUAAAUCAGAUUGAUGCCAUUUACCUAAACAAGGACAUUACACGCUUAAUACGCGACAACCUGCUGGAGAACUUACAAGCCAUAUCGCCUGUGUUGUUUAUCAAAAUACAACCUGAGCUUGACUUGCUUAUACAGUCGGCCAUUUGGUUUGGCUCCAUUGGAAAGCGCUGCUCGACCUUUGGCCAACAAUUGUUGGUACUGGCUUACGAUGCCGAGCGUUUGACAAUUUCACGUUUGGCUCUUCAUUUUGCACUUACCGUGUUACCCGGCUAUGUGAAAAGCUGGGAGGAAAGGCGCCUAACCUAUCGCGUUGAAUGGUUUAGCCACGCCAUUACUUGGGCGGAGAACAGCGCUCUUGUCUUGAACAUCCUCAAUUACUUUCGUUUUCUAAAGACAGGUAGGAAGCCCACGUUGGUUGACUAUCUCUUAGGCUUGGAUUACAUUAGUCUGCGCAACAAUCAGCGGCGCGACAUUGGCUACAAAUAUUUAACAAGAGAACUGCUCUGGGGAGGAUUCAUGGAAAUCCUUGGGCUUGUACUACCCAUAAUCAACUUCCGCAAAAUUCAAAGGCUGUUCAAGUCGUGGCUCUUUGGUCAACAAUUAAACGGUCGGCGGCGAGAAAGCCUCAAUCAAAAAUUGGUAGUGCCAAAAAUGACGACGCUAUCCACUUGCAUUUUUUGCGGCGAACGUCCCACACUUCCGCAUCACAUGGGAUGUGGUCAUAUCUAUUGUUAUUAUUGUCUUCGUGCUAAUUUGUUAACGGAUUCAAGUUUUAUCUGUACAAAAUGUGAUGCUCCUUGUGAUGAGGAUGGGAUUCGGAGUGUGUAAUGAUUUUAUUCGAUUUGUAUCUGUUUUUUUUUUUCUUUUGUGUUAAUAUAAGACAUAAUUUAUUGUUUAGCAACAUAGUAAGGGAUUAUAUCACGCUUUAUAAAUAUAUUUCUAUAUUUGCGGUAA